GCGCACCCCGCCGCGGCUGGAGCCGGCUGCUGCCCGGGACGCCUGUGCACCAGAAGGGAUUUGGAGCUGCCCAGCACUGCCCGCGCCAUGGACUCUGAGGUCAGCAAUGGCUCGGGCCUCAAGGACGCGCGCAUCACAGACUUGCUGGUGUUUGGCUUCCUCCAAAGCUGCUCCAGCAACAGUUUCCAGGCAGAGCUGGAGGCGCUGGGCUAUGAGCUACCUGUGCAAGAUCACCUGUGGGAGGACCAUGAGGACGAGCUGCAGACAGACGGCAGCAGGGCCAGCCGCUUCCACGCGCAAAGAAUAGAGGCAGAUUCUGAAAGUGAGGAGGACCUCAUUCAGAACCUUGCCAGGCAGCUGGCCCAAAUAGGGGACAGCAUGGACCGCAGCAUCCCCCCGAGACUGGUGAACCACCUGGCGAUGCAGUUUAUGAACCCGAACCUGUUGGAGGAAGACAGAAGGAGGCACCUGGCCACCGCCCUGGAGCAGCUGAUGCAGACUUGCCCCGCAGACUUGGAGCAGGAGAAGGCCACGCUGGUGCUGACCAUGCUGCUGGCCAAAAAGGUGGCCGAUCACACGCCGUCCUUGCUCCGUGAUGUCUUUCGCACAACAGUGAAUUUCAUUAACCAGAACCUGCUCACCUAUGUGAGGAACUUGGCCAGAAACAUGGACUGAGUGGAUGCUGCAAAAGCGCGACCGGCCGCAGCCUGGUGCGGCGACAGCAGCGCACCUGUCUCCAGUGGAGACGAGCUCUGGCCGUGGAAACGAAGUUCCUGGAGAAGACAGGCGCUGGACAAUAGCUAUUUAUUUCUCGCCGUUUUUAAAUGAUGUUUUAAGCUGGUGACUCAUUUAGAAAUUUCGACGUUAAUACACUUGAAUGAAAAUGUCAACUCGCACGUAUUCGAAUGGGUUUCAUACCACUUCCUAAAUCUACACAUUGUGCCUUUAUCUUAUUUCAGCUGUACAGGUUCCCACUUGAAAAUGUAUUUUUUUUUUUUUAGAUGAAGCUAUUUAUUGGCCAAGAAAAUUAAGUUUAAAAGCAGGCUUUAAGACAGAAGAACAAAACACAGUAUUUUUUUGGUAAAAAAAAAAAUUCUGUUUAUUAAAGUACAACCUUGGGGGAUGGUCUUACAGCAAGCAGUGUCCUGUCUGAGGAGAGCAGGGCUGGGAGAAGAAAUGCACAUACCCAUCACGAAUGACAGUGACACUCAAGAUAGGGGACAUCUCAAUACUAAGGAAGCAACAGUUUUCCUGUCUGAAAACCAAAUGGCGCAGGGGUUCUGGACUCCAGUGCUGUACUCAGUGGAAAGUUCCGGCCUCCUCCACAGGUGUUUGACUUUUUCAACUUGAUUUCCUUGUAUUUGAGUCAAGAACAACUGCGGGCAGUUAAAAGGUGUGAAGGUGAUUUAUGGGCCCAACAGUCAACCGCUGUUUCCAAAAUCUGGUAAAUAAAUGUACUUUUUCUCUUUCUAAGAAACCAAGGCUUUGCUUAAAAAAAAUUUUUUUUCCUAAAAAUUUCAAGCUGACGGGGUACCGGAGACUACUGCAGACGCCCUGUUAAGAGCCUUGCAGUUUCGGGGUCCAGUCACGCCCCUCAGCCCAUCCCCGCCUGAGGAGAUGCGUCUGGAGAAAAAGGUUUCUAGGCAUGAAAGAUGAGAGCGCGAUUAGACUUCUUAAAAUCCAGCAACUGAAGGGCCUCCCUUUCCUAGGGACAUGGUCAAAACCAAGUCACUUAGGCAGUGCCAAAAUAAACAAGGAAAAGCUUAGGUUUAGAAACAAUGCGGAGCUGGUCUUUUGUUCCCAAACAUAAGCGGUUUCCUGGGAAUCAGUUUAAAACUGACAGGGCUCGUGGGGCGAUAUCACCAACGUUACCUUUCACACGAAGCUCUUGUUACUGUGAACGCGAUGCUUCUGGGGAAGCAUGAACAAGAGUAAUGAAGUACUAAUAAAUACUUUGUUACCGAGAACACGUCUGUUCAA